CUGACCCCUGCCCUGCAGGGUGUCAGUGGGGAGCCCGGGGAGCCUGGGGUGCCGGGACCCCCCCCUGUGCCGGGGGGGCUGCGAGGCCAUCGUGGACACGGGGACGUCCCUCAUCACCGGCCCCAGCGAGGAGAUGGAGGUGCUGCACCGCGCCCUGGGGGGCACCCCUGCCCUGGGGGGGCAGUACAUGCUGGACUGUGACAAGGUCCCGUCUCUGCCCAACGUCACCUUCGUCCUGCAGGGGCGUGAGUUCCCCCUCAGCCCCCAGCACUAUGUGCUCCAGUGUCGCAGUGGGGGGUCCCCCACCUGCGUCAGCGGGUUCAUGGCACUGGAUGUGCCCCGGCCCGCGGGGCCGCUCUGGAUCCUGGGGGACGUUUUCCUGGCGCGCUACUACGUCACCUUCGACCGCGACCACAACCGCGUCGGGCUGGCACCCAGCAAGUGACCCCUGGACCCCCAAGGGACCCCCCCCCGGGGACCUGGGACCCCUCAUGGACCAUCAUGGACACCUGGGACCCCCCAAAGGACCCCCCCCCCCAGAUGCCUGGAACCCCCCCCCCGGGAACCUAGGACCCCUCGUGGACCACCGUGGACACCUGGGACCCCUAAGGGACCCCCCCUGGAGACCUGGGACCCCCAAGGGACCCCCCCCAGACGCCUGAGACCACUUACAAACCACUGCAGACACCUGGGACCCCCAAAUGAUGCCCCCCUGGAGGCCUGGGACCCCCAAGUGACUCCUCCCAGGGGCCUGGGUCCCCUUAGGGACCACCCAUGGACACUUGAGACCCCCAAGGGAACCUCCCUGGGGACCUGGAACCGCUUACGGACCACCACAGACACCUGGGACCCCCCAAAAUGACACCCCCCCCCGGAGGCCUGGGACCCAAGUGAUGCCCCUGGAGGCCUGGGUCCCCUUAGGGACCUCCCCUGGGGACCUGGUACCCCUCAUGGACCACCACAGGACACUUGGGACCCCCCAAAUGACACCCCCAUGGCCCGAGGCCUGGGUUCCCUGCCAGGGGAGCUCCAAUAAAGAUGCUGGUUUGGGGGCUCUGGGUCCCGGCU